AUGUCAGCCUCAGAAGCGGAUCACGAGAAAAGGAAGCAGAUCUCUGUGCGCGGAAUCGUUGACGUGGAAAAUGUGGCGAAUUUCAAGAAAACUUUCAACAGACACCUUCAUUACACUCUGGUGAAGGAUCGUAAUGUAGCCACAAGUAGGGAUUAUUUCUCCGCCUUGGCACACAGCGUCAAGGACAACCUGGUCUCUAGAUGGAUACGCACUCAGCAAUACUAUUAUGAGAAGGACCCAAAAAGAGUUUAUUAUCUUUCCCUGGAAUAUUACAUGGGAAGGACCCUCCAGAACACCAUGAUUAAUUUGGGCAUCCAGGGUGCUUGUGAUGAGGCCAUGUACCAGAUGGGCUUGGACAUUGAAGAACUUGAAGAACUUGAAGAAGAUGCUGGCCUUGGAAAUGGAGGUUUAGGAAGACUGGCAGCCUGUUUUCUGGAUAGCAUGGCUACACUUGGCCUGGCUGCUUAUGGAUAUGGUAUUCGAUAUGAAUAUGGUAUUUUCACACAGAAGAUAAAGAAUGGAGAACAGGUGGAGGAACCAGAUGACUGGUUGAGAUAUGGAAACCCAUGGGAGAAGGCUAGGCCAGAAUUCAUGCUUCCAGUGAACUUCUAUGGGCAAGUUAUAGAUACUCCUGAAGGAAAGAAGUGGGUGAACACCCAGGUUAUAUUUGCAAUGCCUUAUGAUAAUCCAGUUCCUGGAUACAAGAAUAAUGUUGUUAACACUCUUAGACUAUGGUCUGCUAAAUCACCUAUAGAAUUUAAUUUAAAAUUCUUCAACGAUGGUGACUACAUCCAGGCUGUGAUCGACCGCAAUUUGGCAGAGAACAUCUCCAGAGUACUGUAUCCCAACGAUAACUUCUUCGAGGGUAAGGAAUUGCGAUUAAAGCAAGAAUACUUCAUGGUGGCGGCCACUCUUCAAGAUAUCAUACGCAGGUAUAAGUCCAGCAAAUUUGGCUCAAAGGAACAUCAUAGGACAGAUUUCGAUUUAUUCCCUGAGAAAGUCGCUAUCCAACUAAACGACACUCAUCCUUCGUUAGCCAUUCCUGAAUUAAUGAGAAUCCUUAUUGACGUCGAAGGACUUCCUUGGGAAAAAGCAUGGGACAUCACGACGAAAACCUGUGCCUACACCAAUCAUACAGUGCUUCCAGAGGCUUUGGAACGAUGGCCAACAAGCAUGCUAGAAAGCAUUCUUCCUAGACAUUUACAGAUCAUUUAUCACAUAAACUUCCUUCAUUUGCAAGUAAUUUCUGCCAAAUGGCCUGGAGACUUAGAUCGUCUUCGUCGUAUGUCUCUGGUUGAGGAAGAAGGGGAAAAGAGAAUUAACAUGGCCCAUCUUUCUAUUGUUGGUAGCCAUGCUAUCAAUGGUGUAGCUGCAAUACAUUCAGAAAUCUUAAAGAAUGGCAUAUUCAAAGACUUUUAUGAGUUAACACCUGAGAAAUUCCAAAAUAAGACCAACGGUAUUACACCAAGAAGAUGGCUUCUCUUGUGUAACCCGAAUCUCUCAGAUAUCAUUGAAGAAAAAAUUGGCAGCGACUGGACGGUGCAUCUAGAGCAACUUGUUCAAUUGAAGCAAUGGGCUACAGAUCCAGUCUUUCAACGUAGCAUUAUGAAAGUGAAACAAGAAAAUAAAUUAAAAGUGGCGCAAAUACUUGAGAAAGACUAUGGCGUUAAAGUGAAUCCUGCCUCCAUCUUUGAUAUUCAGGUAAAGCGAAUUCACGAAUAUAAGAGACAACUCUUGAAUUGUCUACAUGUGAUCACAUUGUACAACAGAAUAAAGAAAAAUCCAUCCGCGCCAUUCGUUUCACGAACGGUGAUGAUCGGAGGCAAAGCUGCUCCCGGUUAUCAUUUAGCCAAAAAAAUUAUAAAGCUGAUCUGCAGCGUAGGAAACGUCAUAAACAACGACCCAAUUGUCGGCGACAAAUUGAAAUUCAUUUUCUUAGAGAAUUAUCGAGUCACAUUAGCAGAAAAGAUUAUUCCAGCUGCAGAUCUGAGUGAACAAAUUUCUACUGCUGGUACUGAGGCUUCCGGUACAGGGAACAUGAAGUUUAUGUUAAACGGAGCCUUGACAAUUGGUACAUUGGACGGUGCUAACGUAGAAAUGGCUGAAGAAAUGGGCAAAGAUAAUAUAUUCAUUUUUGGUAUGACAGUCGAGGAAGUAGAAGAAUUGCAGAGGAAGGGAUACAAUGCUCACGAUUACUAUAACAGGAUCCCAGAGUUAAAACAAUGUAUCGAUCAGAUUCAGGGUGGCUUCUUCAGCCCCAAUAAUCCAGACGAGUUUAAAGAUAUCGCCAAUGUUUUGAUGAAUUGGGACAGAUUUUACCUAUUUGCUGAUUAUGAGAGUUACAUUAAAAUGCAAGAUUACGUCGGUAAAGUUUAUCAGGAUGAAAAAAAAUGGGUGGAAAUGGCGAUUCAUAAUAUAGCUUCUUCGGGGAAAUUUUCAUCAGAUCGAACGAUUGCUGAAUAUGCUCGUGAGAUUUGGGGUGUCGAGCCAUCUUGGCAACGACUUCCUGCCCCUCACGAACCACGAGACAUUUAAACUAUAAUUUCUCUUUUCUGACCAAUCUACGGUUUUGCUUAUUACGCACAUUAUUAACAAUCUUUCUUUUUUAAUUAUCUUUUUUUUAACAGAUAGGUUAAUAUCUUCUUUGAACAAGCGUGAGCAGUUUUACAGUUAAAUUAAACGAUUGAACCACCGCAUAAAAUCUUAAAAGAAAAAGUUGAAUCAAAAUGAAAGAUGCCAUAUUUCACUAAAAUAAGUAACAGUAAAUAAUUUAAGAUUUGUUGAAAUUUUUAAACCUUAAUUUUUUUUAUGUAUUGAUUUUACAUCUCUGUAAAUUAUUCACGUUUAUUUUGAACAAGCAUGUACUGCCUUAAAUUUCGUAAAAAUUUUAUUAAUCAUCACCGACUGAUCAACGAAAGCAGAGUUGGUAUAAGGAGGAAAUUUCUUAUGUUCCUAUAUUUUAGAUAAAGACAAAAAUAUUUUAU